AUGGUUGAGCCAACGUCUUCGCUCCGUAUCUUCGUGGUUGGCGCAGGAAUUGGCGGGCUUGCAGCGGCAGUUGCUCUCCGAAGACAGGGCCACCAUGUAGAGGUCUUCGAGUCUUCUCUUAUGAAUAGGGAAAUCGGUGCAGCCAUAACAGUGCAGGCAAAUGCGAUGAAAGUGCUGGAUUUCCUGGGUUAUGAGGUGGCCAAUCUCAAGGGGGUCGACUUCUUGGGGACGGUCCGGUUUGACGCAACCGGUGGAGAGGGCAUUACAAGGGAGUUCAACUAUGAAAAUCUGGGUAGAGCAGGAUGGCAUUGUCUCCGAUCCGACCUCCACGACGAGCUGAAACGUCUAGCACUUUCGACAGACGGAGCCGGGAGACCCGUCAUUCUUCAUCUUGGCCGUGAAGUCGUCUCUUGUAACGCAGAUGAAGGCAGCGUGGUCCUCAGGAGCGGUGAAAUUCAGCAAGCCGAUCUGAUAGUCGGAGCAGAUGGAAUUCAUUCCGUCGUACGGACCGCCGUUCUGGGCUACGAGCAGAAAGCCCUGGCGACCGGACUAUCGACCUUUCGGUGUCUCUUUGAUGCAGACAAGCUGAAGAGCUUGGACGACAUGGAUUGGUACACGCAGGGACUUUCAGGUGGAAGGGCUGUUCUCGCUCCGGGCGAGCGCUUUCGUUUACUGUUUCUGAUUCCGUGCCGCCACGGAAAAGUGGUCAAUGUCGCCGCACACCAUGUAGACGACCGUAACCAGGACCAGCAUGAAUGGAGCGAAAAGGCCACCAUGGAUGACGUUCUGACCGAGUUUUCUGGCUUCCAUCCGCGUUACCUCAAAUUCUUAGAGCAAGGGCAACAGCCAAUCCUCCGUUGGCAACUCAGAGCGCUUCCUGUUCUGCCUACAUGGAUCAGAGGCAAAGCUCUCCUUCUUGGCGACGCUGCACAUGCAACACUUCCCACUAUUGGGCAAGGCGCUGGAAUGGCCCUUGAAGACGCUGCAACUAUUGCCCUCUUACUUCCUCAGGGAUCUAAAGUAGCCGAUAUUCCAGAGCGUCUGAAGGCAUACCAAGAGCUCCGCAAACCAAGGGGAGAGUUUGUAAACCGGGAGUCGUUGGAACAAGCGACGAUGCCGUCCAGAAGAGGAUUUUAUGAACGAUCGAGAGAGCAGCAAUUGUUUCUUAUCGGCUUCGAUGUCAUUGAAAGCACCAAGAAGUAUUAUCAAGACAAUUUCUUCUGA